GGCAUGAAAUAUGGGAAGGGCUUGGGAUAGUUAGAAGUUUUAGGGAUGGACGUUCCGGCUCUUAUAAAUACUCUUCCAUUUUUCAACCUAAGAUUUAACCAUUGCUUGCGUUUUGUUCUUUCUUUGCUUUCUUUUCCUUCUGAUCUUCCCCUUCAGUUUUGAUUCAGGACAAUGACUAUUCUCAUUGAGCAGCCUGAGUUUGAAGGUGGGAUCGGGGAGAGGAAUAAGGGUCCUGUUGAUGAGAAUGAAUUGGUGUUGGAUGGAGGAUUUGUGGUGCCUGAGACAAUGCCUGAUGAGGGAUUUGUGGCCCCUGAUACCAACUCUUUUGGUCACACUUUCAGAGAUUACCAUGUGGAAAGUGAAAGGCAAAAGGGUGUUGAAGAUUUUUACAGAACAAAUCACAUUAACCAGACUGUUGACUUUGUGAGGAGGAUGAGAGGGGAAUAUGGGAAACUGAACAAGGUGGAAAUGAGCAUCUGGGAAUGCUGUGAACUUCUUAAUGAGUUUGUUGAUGAGAGUGAUCCUGACUUGGAUGAACCUCAAAUUGAGCACCUGCUGCAAACUGCUGAAGCUAUUAGAAAAGACUAUCCAGAUGAGGACUGGCUCCACUUAACUGGCCUUAUCCAUGAUCUUGGAAAAGUUCUUCUUCAUCCUGCUUUUGGGGAGCUUCCUCAAUGGGCUGUCGUGGGUGAUACAUUUCCUGUUGGGUGUGCCUAUGAUGAAUCAAUCGUUCACCACAAGUAUUUCCUGGAAAAUCCAGACUACAAAAACCCUGUCUAUAACACUAAAUAUGGGAUUUACUCAGAAGGUUGUGGACUGGACAAUGUGUUGAUGUCAUGGGGGCAUGAUGACUACAUGUACUUGGUUGCUAAGGAGAACAAAAGCGCAUUUCCUUCAGCUGGUCUAUUCAUCAUAAGAUAUCACUCCUUCUAUGCUUUACAUAGAGCUGAUGCCUAUAAGCACUUAAUGAAUGAAGAAGAUAUUGAGAAUCUGAAAUGGCUGAAAAUAUUCAACAAAUAUGACCUUUACAGCAAGAGCAAAGUCCGCAUAGAUGUUGAGGAAGUCAAGCCAUACUACUUAUCUCUGAUAAAGAAGUACUUCCCAGCCAAGCUCAAAUGGUGACUUUGGAAGCAGGAGCAUACUAGUAAUUAGCAGCAUAAAGGACAGGAUCAGUCAGGAUGCAUGAAUUUCUGCUGUGUUCUUUUGUGUUUGAUCUCUCUUUUCUCUUCCUAUUUUUAGCAGUAAAACGGGGUUACUAGAGAGAGUUGGAAGGUAGGAAUAAAAGGGUGGUUUCUAUUUUUAGUAAUGUGUCGGUUUUCUUUUUUAUUUUUAGUAAAGAAAUGUACUAACUGCUUUGCCUUCAAUAAGACUUAGAUUAUAUGUAUAAAUCCAUCUUUGUACCUU